AUGGUCCUCUUCAACCGAGCUGUCUGUGUUGCUGCUGGAUGUGCUCUGACUGCACCGAAUGCCAGCGACCCGAUCCCGACACCUAAGAUAACCUUCCCCACCAACGCAACCUGCGGUGAGGUGAACGUGUUCUACACCGGACUUACGGCGUACCAUCCACUUGUCCUCUCUAGAGGUUUUGAUCCGGUUCAAACUGACAUUGCUUUGCGCAACGAUACAGCAAACCUCGUCAAGGCUGGAUUCAAUGUCUAUGACCGCAUGAAGGGCAGACGUUGGGGAGUCACCGGCGUGGGAUGGGGUAUUAGGAACUCGACCAUGCUGGAGCUUGUCAACCGCUUUGAAGGUAUCAUGCUGCCGCUUCCCCUAAACGUUUUGGAGUCGAGUGACUGA